GAUUGUGAGAAUGUCUCAUUCCCCUCACAAACAACCACAGAACCACAAGUGCGGUGCACGAGAUUUCCCCAGGACGACAGGAGGGAGCCACUGGGGCGUAAAUGGUUAAUCAGAGUGGGUCAACCCCAGUCACAGAGACCCAACAAGUCAUUUAGGACUUCAAGGGUCACCACGACCUCCAGAGGAGGAGAGAGCCGAGGAGAUCCACGUGUGGCUAUGGCGUCUAACAGUCUUUUCAGCUCGGUGACUCCAUGUCAGCAGAACUUUUUCUGGGAUCCGAGCACCAGCCGCAGGUUCAGUCCGCCGUCCAGCAGCCUUCAGCCGGUGGCGGGGAAGAUGAGCGAUGCGCCGCAGGAGCAGAACGCGGCGCUGCCGAGACUCCGACAGCACGACAACCGGACGAUGGUGGAGAUCAUCGCGGACCACCCCGCCGAGCUCGUGCGGACGGACAGCCCCAACUUUCUGUGCUCGGUGCUGCCGUCCCACUGGAGGUGCAACAAAACUCUCCCGGUGGCGUUCAAGGUUGUAGCUCUGGGAGAUGUUUCUGACGGGACGGUGGUGACAGUUAUGGCAGGAAAUGACGAGAACUACUCAGGAGAGCUGCGAAACGCCUCAGCUGUCAUGAAGAAUCAGGUGGCGCGUUUCAACGACCUGAGAUUUGUUGGCAGGAGUGGAAGAGGAAAGAGCUUCACGCUGACAAUCACAGUAUUCACGAACCCACCGCAAGUGGCUACUUACCACCGAGCCAUAAAGGUCACAGUGGACGGACCGCGGGAGCCGCGAAGACACAGACAGAAACUGGAAGACCCCCCUAAACCGCCGCUCUUCUCCGAGCGCCUGAGCGAGUUAGAGCGUUUGCGCCAGACCACCAUGAGAGUUGCCUUGCAAACCCAGAGUCCCCGGCCGUCUCUCAACGCCACGCCGAACUCCUUCAACCCGCAGGGGCAAACUCAAAUCUCAGAUCCGCGGCAGACACAGUCCUCUCCGCCCUGGUCCUACGAGCAGCCCUACACUCCUUACCUGAGCCAAAUGACAUCUCCCUCCAUCCACUCCACCACCCCGCUGUCCUCCACCCGCGCCACGGGCCUCCCCUCCAUCAGCGACGUGCCAAGACGCCUCUCAGGUACGUCGGAUCUCAGUCCGUUCUCGGCCGACCCGCGGCAGUUUGAACGUCAAUUUCCCGGUCUGUCCUCCCUCACAGACUCCCGUUUCCCCAGUCCCAGAAUGCACUAUCCCGCGACCUUCACAUACACCCCUACACCGGUCACCUCGGGCAUGUCUCUGGGCAUGUCCACCACCAGCCAUUACCACACCUACCUGCCUCCGCCAUACCCCGGAUCCACCCAAAACCAAAGCGGGCCCUUCCAGACCAGCAGCACGCCGUACCUCUACUACGGCGCCUCGUCCGGGUCAUACCAGUUCUCAAUGGUGCCAGGUGGAGAUCGAUCCCCCUCCAGGAUGCUGCCGCCUUGCACUAGCGCAUCCACCGGCAGCACCCUCAUCAACCCCAACCUGCCCAAUCAGACGGACGGAGGCGAUGCGGACGGCAGCCACAGCAGCUCGCCAACCAUUCUCAACUCCAGCGGCAGGAUGGAGGAGUCCGUUUGGAGACCAUAUUGAGACGGUCUGGUUGAACAAGACCUCAAUGCAGCACUGUUAGCCUUAAAGACAAAGAGCGAGAGAUAAUUGCAUGAAAGAACCAUUGGAUUAGAAGCACAAACUCAUUGGUACUCACUGGUACUCAUUGGUACUCACUGGUACUCAUUGGUACUCACUGGUACAAUAUUGAAUGGUUGCAGUGUAUUUUUAUGAUAUUAUAUAAAACAGAUGACCCUUACAGGGAGCGAUCUACGGCAUUAAGGUGCGAUCAUAUUAGCAAUAUUACAGAGCAACGGUAAAUGUGGACGCAUCUUUAGUCUAAUUCAUCUGACAUUCCAGUUCAUCGGUGAUAUAACAUAUAAUGCAAGUCACUGAAUUUAAAGGAAUAGUUCAGCCAAAAAUUUAAAUACUUUCACCUUCAUGUUGUUCCAAACCCAUAUGACUUUUUUUUAUUUUUAUUAAAUAUUUGGCACAAUGCUGAUGCUGCACAUUUAGAUUGACAAAAGUGUACUGUCACUGUCUUGCUCCGAAAUUCUGGUGUUUGGGGGUUUUAAACUCCAAAAAGUACCAACAGAUUUGUCCAUGUGAGCACAUUCAAUAGCUUUGUGCAAACCAAUGAGAAAAUGAUCCAAGAAUGUUUAUUUUUGGAUGAACUAUCCCUUUUUCUGUCCUUGAGUAAACUUUCAUUGCAAUAGGAAUGCAUCCACACUAUUGGCGUAGAAUAUUUUUAUACUAACUCGGUAUAAUUUAGCAUUUCUUAACACUGAAAGCAAUUGUUUGUUUUUUAUUUAUGCGUGCUAGAAGUCAGCUAUUUGAAACAGUACUGGCUUAUUCCCUCUGAUUAUUUUAAUUUAAGAUUGAAUUUUAACAAACAGUACUGAUUCGAGAAGCAAUAGAAGCCAUAUAAACUUUAAAUUAUGCAAUGUGUUGAGAGGGACAAAAUUUAAGGCGUUUGAAUAUUAUUUUUGGGACAUCUAUUAAUAACUUAAUGAAAUAUUUACUCGUUUUGUAAUUUAAUUGUUUUGUUAUUUUUAUUGUUAUGUUAGAGCAACCAAAAAGAAAAUCCAAUCAUAUGUCAGCAAUAAAGGAAGGACAUUGUAGGACUACAUCCACAAUUAAAUGUUUGUGGAUUUUUCUCAGUCAGAAAUGUUAGAUAUUAAUAAGCAUUAAGACAUCCAGAAAUGUUUUAGACUGAGUACAUCUGAGCAAGUAACAAAAAUGAUCAAUAAAUGUACAAAGAUAUGUUACGAGAGUCGACGUGCUGUGCUCUCCACUUGUUUGAUUUUGGUAUCCGGUGUUUAUCUAGUUAAUUUAUUUUAGAUGUAUUUUUUAUUUAAUAUUUUUCGGUGACUACAAGAAUGACCAAACUCUUGCAGCAGUGGCCUAAACCUUUGCAUCUUCAGAUACAGACAUGAUCAAAUCUCACGCAUGCACUUGCAAUAAUAAAACGACCAGUUUCCGUCUCUUGUGCAGAUAUGAAACCAAUACGACCGACAGCCUUUUAUUCUAUAACUGGAUUGUUAACUGCACUUUGUAGGUUAGUUAAACACUAUGCAAACUGUACUACAACAAUCAAACUCAGAAAUGUCUCUUUGCUGUGUGCUAAUGUUCUUGAGGUACAAUAUAAUCAAGUACUUUGAUAUUACUGGCAUGUUAGACAACAGAAUCUUUGAGCUGCAAGACAUUUUACUGAACAGAUGAUCAAAUUGAGUGGCCUAAAUUACACAAUGGAUGUUUACCAGAAAAGUUUAUCAUCUCCAUUUCUAGAAUUUAUUUAUUGGUCAGCAAUCCAUAACGAGUUGGGAUGAAACUAUCACUGACAAAGAGAAAAAUUUUGAAACAGUUAUAUUUGUAUUAAUGCAAUUUUCUUUAAACUUUGUAAUUGGCGUCUCCAAAGAAUAUUGUGUAUGCUUUUGGAUUCAACAACAAGUGGUACUUGAUUGAAUGUUUGUCCAAAUGUAAGUUAAUAGGCUGCUGGCAGCGCCCUUCUGAAACAAACGUCACUUGUCUCUUUAUUUCUAUUUUUGUUAAGAACAAAGCACUUCUUCUUUUAAAGGGAUGUAAAACAAAUAAAGCAUAACUGGCAAAAACAAAAACACAAAUGAAUGUUCGGGUUAUAUUACAUUAAGCAUGAAGAAAAUAAAUUCUAUAAUUUUUUUUUUUUUACAAUUCAGAAAAACUAAAAAUCUUAUUCCAAAUCAAAGCGAAACUGUAAUGAUAGGGUAAAUAUUUUUUUUGAUAAUUGUAAAUAUGCAUUUUAUUCACCUUACAGUUCGGUUAAUAAUAAUUACAAAUACCAAACGUGGUCCUAAACGUCAUGCAAAAUAUAAUAUCAUGUUUAUUUUUUCUUUUUUUUGUGUGUGUGUGUGUGUGUGUAUGAUGAAAUAUAACCUGAACAAGAUCAGUUUUGAGAAAAUCACCCAAAAUUAAUUGCAUCUCCAUUUAAAAUCAGAAGUCAUGGAAGAAACAACUCAUUUGAGCUCAAAACAAACCUGUAUGUGUGUACCACCCACAUGUGUCAUUUCUUCUGUACAGUAUUAAACUCCAAUUCUUUGAGUUCGGUUACAAUAACUACACUUACACUGCUGUUCUUAACUGCCCCACUAUUUGAUUUAGCCUUUUCUUUUACCGUGGUGUCUUCUGGUAGUGAGGAGAGCAUUUAUGUUUACAGAAUGUUUACAAAAAGCUGCAAGCAGGUAACUGCAAAUGUAAAGAAAACCUCUGCACUGUUAACUUUGUAUGAAUCCAUGUUUAAUUGCUUCAAUAUGCCUGAUAACACGAGAACAGCAUUGGUCUGUCUCAAUCAAACAUGUCACAGGGCCAAAUGUUUAUAUGCUUUUAGGCUAUAGACCAUGUUUUUCAUUGACCAUUUUAUAUGUAGUACCCUUGCAAGAGUCGGUUUUAUGGUUCAAUAGCAGAGAUUCCUUCCAUGAGACAAUUUAUAUUCAUACUAUACAUUACAAAAAAGCAUUGAGAUUUCACAUUACAUAGAGUACAUUCUGUCAUCAUCACAGACACACAGAAAGUUUUGGGCUUCUUCUUAUUUGCAAAUUUCAUUUACAAGGUCAGAUUAACACAUGAAGAAAACCAAAUACUUCUGUGACGCCAUUGUUCUCGUUUCUGAACUGUUAACUGAAGUGUUUCGUAUUUGAAACCCUGAAAAUCCUGCUAUUUAAAUAUGCAUCAUUCUGAUUGGACACAAUCCUUGGUUUGUAAACAACAGGAGCAUUACUUCUUUGCACAUAAUAUACAGAUGUUUCAGUUUCGACAAUCUUUCGUCUUGUUUCAUCCAUUAAGUUUGGGAAACUUUAACCUGUUUGUAUGGGACUAACAAUCCAGUAAAAAAUUAAAUAAAAUUGUGAGCUUUUCAAGCAUUUCUGACAAUUGUAUCAUUUGUCUUAGAGAAUAAAAAUGCUUUUUGUUAUAA